GGCGCGGGCUGUGCCCUCGCGGGGCUCCCUCCGCUUCCGCGCGGCCUCAGCGGCCUCCUCAAUGCCAGCGGCGGCUCGUGGCGGGAGCUGGAGCGCGUCUACAGCCAGCGUAACCGCAUCCACGACGAGCUGAGCCGCGCCGCACGCGCUCCCGACGGGCCCCGCCAUGCCGCCGGCGCUGCCAACUCCGGAUCUGCAGUCGGUGCGCGUCGCCCGGUCAACCUCGACUCGGCCCUGGCCUCACUGCGCAAAGAAAUGGUGGGGCUGCGGCAGCUGGACAUGUCCCUGCUGUGCCAGUUGUGGGGCCUGUAUGAGUCUAUCCAGGACUACAAGCACCUGUGCCAAGACCUGAGCUUCUGCCAGGACCUGUCCUCCUCCCUGCACUCAGACAGCUCUUAUCCGCCCGAUGCCGGCCUGUCUGAUGAUGAGGAGCCUCCGGACGCCAGCCUGCCCCCAGACCCGCCACCCCUAACGGUGCCCCAGACGCACAAUGCCCGGGACCAGUGGCUGCAGGACGCCUUCCAUAUCAGCCUCUGAAGAGUUAGGGUGGGUGGGAACGCACCCGUGCAAAAGGCGCAGAACUUGUCUAUCAGCAAGUCCUCAGAGGACAGUGCCUGCUCUGCCACCUCACCCCAGCCGGGCGAGGCAAGUGUCCCUCAGGCAACACCGCUGAGCCCCCUCCUGGUUAGCGGGCACUGGGUAGACACCUAGGUGACAGGCUCUGUCUACCGCCUUGGGCCUCCACUUCUUCUAUAUGUGUGCACCCCAGCUUAACCUACCUGCAGUCUGGCGGUGGGACCCAAAGCAUCUUGCAGUGCCCAUGCCAUCUCUGGAAUUCGGAUCCCAGAGUGCCUAGCGCCCACCUUUUUCACCUUCGCUGCUACUUGGCAGCGGCUGGCUCAGGGGCACGCCACCUGCAGUCCUGGGCGCCCACUGCCCCGGACAAGGACUCCAGGACCCAUCCCUGCAACCACCCACGGCCAGGAGGGCAGAGCCUCAGACUGGAGAUGUGUUCAGUCGAGGGGCCACUUCCUGGAUGUGUUGAUAAAUAAAUAAAUAAAUACUC